AGAAUAUCACUGAAAUUUCGUCAUCGACGCCGGUCAUAACUGCGUACUACGUAUACAUACACGACAUCGGAUAGACAUUGCUGUUGUAGACCACUGCGUGGUAAUACCGGUGCUUUAGAAAUAAUUGACUUAACAAACCAGACUCUAAGAAAAAUCAUCUUUGAACGUAACGAAUAUAAGACACUCAUAUUUGGGCCUGAUCCCAAAAGAGGCGGUGUAGUCUGCAUAACGGAUUUAAACGAAGGCGGAAGUAGAGGGCAGGAAACCUCUUGUUCGUUAGAAAACCUGAUCCAACGCCUCAAACUCCUUGUUCGAGGAGACGCGAGGCCCCCCUGAUAGAGCCACCUACCCAUUCCCUCUCUGUCUUUAGCACGGGCCGGGCAACCGUUAAAAAGCACAGCCCUUUGUUUUAGUUGUAGCUCACCCUCCAGUUUUCCCCGGUUUUAUUUAAUCCUGCUGUAUAUCCCUUAACGUCACCAUGGCAGCGAGUGCGAAACGAAAACAAGAGGAGAAACACCUGAAGAUGCUGAGAGAAAUGACGAGUUUGCCUCCCAACAGAAAGUGCUUUGACUGCGACCAGCGCGGCCCAACCUAUGCCAAUAUGACUGUGGGCUCCUUCGUAUGUACCUCCUGCUCUGGCAUCCUACGAGGACUGAACCCACCCCAUAGAGUCAAGUCCAUCUCCAUGACAACCUUCACGCAACAGGAAAUUGAGUUCCUACAGAAACAUGGAAAUGAGGUAUGUAAACGGAUCUGGCUUGGCCUUUAUGAUGACAGAACCUCCUCAAUACCAGACUUCAGAGAACCACAGAAAGUCAAGGAGUUCCUUCAAGAGAAAUAUGAGAAGAAGAGAUGGUACGUACCUCCUGAGCAGGCCAAGGUAGUGGCAUCCGUCCAUGCUUCCAUCUCUGGCUCCUCAAACAGCAGCACCAGCAGCACCCCGGAGGUUAGACCACUGAAAUCCCUGCUGGGAGAGUCGGCCCCCUCCCUACACCUCAACAAGAACACCCCACCUAAUCAGUCGCCCGUGGUGAGCCGUGGACAAACCCAUCAGCAGCAGUUCCAUGACAAGAGGUUUGACCUCCUCAGUGACUUGGGUGGAGACAUCUUUGCUGCCCCGCCCAACAUGAAUGCAGGCGCCAGCUCCAGUUUUGCUAACUUUGCACAUUUCAACAGCCACACAACACAGAAUGCCAAUGCAAAUGCAGACUUUGCUAAUUUUGAUGCAUUCGGGAGCACUUCUGGGUCGACAGUUGGUUUCCCCUCUGCACCCCAAGCCCCAUUCCAUCUCUCAAAUACAGCGUUCACUGUGCUCUCAUCCAGCCGCAGUAUGGGUGAGUUUGCCACUGCUCUGCCUCUCCAGAGUGCACACAGUAGCGCCUCAGGGGGACUAGCAAAUGCAAAUUUUGCAAAUUUUGACAGCUUCCCCAAAUCGUGUAGUGCUGACUUUGGAUCCUUCAGUUCCUCCUCCCAGAGUAACACCACAGGAGCUGGCAGAGAUGCUGUACAGAGUACUAGCCUCCCUGCCGAUAAAUACGCAGCCCUGGCUGACCUGGAUAACGUGUUAAGCUCUGCCAAAACAGAGCAAGGAGGUGGUAUUCCUGGCGGGGUGAGCUCAGCUGCAGCGGCAGCAGCAGGAGUGGGUGGUUUGCCUCAGAAGCAGCCAGCAGGGGGGGACCGCUAUGCUGCUCUAGCUGAGCUUGAUACUGUCUUCAGCUCCCCAGCCCCUGCGACCAGUGUUUACAACACCACCAGCACCUCACAAGGGGGCAUGUUUGGCCCAGAGACUGGGGUGUCAACAGCACAAGCACAGCAGGCUCUGCCUGGCAUGGCUCAAGGUUUUGGAGCUCAGUCAACUAAUCCGUUUGUAGCUGCUGGAGUUGCCCCAGCAGCAGCUCCCACCAACCCAUUCCAGAGCAACGGCAGAACAGCAAACAUGGCGGCGGCGGCGGCGGCGGCAGCAGCAGCAGCAUCAUUUGGCACAGGCUCCAUGAGUAUGCCAUCUGGAUUUGGGAAUGCUGCAGCCUACAACCUCCCCACCAGCUUUAGUGGAACCUUCCAGCAACCCUUUCCUGGCCAGGCUCCCUUUCCUCAGCCUCCUGCGUAUCCCCAGCAACCCAAUGGUGGAGGAUUUCCAGCCUUUGGCCAGGCCAAGCCUGUUGUGACUCCUUUCGGGCAGGCGAUGGCUGGACCUGUGAUCUCUAGCAACCCUUUCCUGGGUGCGGGUCCAUCUGCACAAUAUCCAACAGGAGGCUCCUCAACAAAUCCCUUCUUAUAGCGAUCCAUCCAAUCAGCUCCACUACAGGGUCAACAACUGGCGCGCUUGCACCUAUUGCACUGUUUUGUUUCACAAGUAGCUUUAAAAACACAAUGUUUGUAAGAAUUUGUAUUUUCUAUCGCAGUUUGUCACAGAUGGAACAAUAUGACAGACACUGUAUAUGGCUACAAAACAAAGUGAUAGUGUGUGCAGAGGGAGAGGUUGAUCCCCUCUUCUCUAUUUAACCUGUGAACUGGCCUCUACUGAACCACAAUGUAUAAUCAUACUGGCUGAAAACUAAGUUAUUGCAUACAGUAUAUCCCAUUCAUUAUGCUGCAAUUCUGUACAUAUUAUUUUCUUUUAGGAAAUUAGCUCUGUGCAUAUCAGUAUUUGUAUCUAACACACAAGAUUUGUUAAGACAGAACUGUUGCUUGGAAAAGCUAAUGGGUACUGCCACUUACUGUAUUUGUGAAGAACCAAACUGUUUAUUUGUGCAGGAUCAUUUUAGGUAAACUGUUCUCACUAAAAAAAAAAAAAAGCCUAUUCUGUUGGCGAGAGAUGAAAGAAGGAGCGACUGCUGCAUCAGGGACGGGCAGGGGACUUGUUUCUCUGCCAUCCCCUGCCCUGCUGACAGAGCCCUAGGUCACAAAACGUCUGAACUACAGUCAGCCACAUCCAUAAGUGGGUAACAGGAGUGGCUGAUGAGCUGAAAACCACUUACAUUGGGUAUCAGAGAAUUUUAAGUUAAUAUGUAAAUAUAUACAGUAUAUAUAUUAAAAUGAAUUUUAAGUAAGAA